CCAACAACAGACAUGAGCUUUACCAUCGAGGAGAGAGGCAGGCCCAACACCCAGGAGUACAGGCUGUUUUUCAAAAACUCUGAGGGUAAAUACAUCUCUCCGUUCCAUGACAUACCCAUCUACGCAAAUGAAGCAGAGAAUAUUUUCCACGCUGUUGUAGAGGUUCCAAGAUGGACAAAUGCAAAGAUGGAGAUUGCCACCAAAGAUCCUCUCAACCCACUCAAACAAGAUGUGAAGAAGGGGAAUCUUCGUUAUGUAGCCAAUGUAUUUCCUCACAAAGGUUACAUCUGGAAUUAUGGAGCUAUUCCACAGACAUGGGAAGACCCUAACCACAAGGACGGCGACACAGGAUGCUGUGGAGACAAUGAUCCUAUUGACAUAUGUGACAUAGGAAAUAAGGUGUGCUCCCGAGGAGAGAUAAUAAAAGUGAAGGUUUUGGGGACUCUGGCUUUGAUAGAUGAGGGUGAAACUGACUGGAAGGUCAUUGUGAUCAAUACUGAGGACCCUGAAGCUAGCGACUUCAACAAUAUUGAUGAUGUGAGACGACUUAAGCCUGGAUAUUUGGAGGCAACUUUUGAUUGGUUCAAAAGAUAUAAAGUCCCUGAUGGGAAACCAGAGAACCAGUUUGCUUUCAAUGGAGAGUUCAAAGACAGGGACUUUGCCAUUAAAACAGUAAAGAGCACCCAUGAGUUUUGGAAGGCACUGAUCUCAAAGAGGACCAAUGCUGGCGAGUUAAAUUGCAUGAACACCAGCGUCUCAGACAGUCCGUUCUGCUGCUCUGCUGGAGAUGCAGAGGCUGUGGUUAACUCUGCACAUGCUUUUGGAGCUGAGGAUCCAAUUCCAAGUUCAGUUGACAAAUGGUUCUACUAUGAGAAGUAGGAGGGAAAAGCCUGAGGCAGAAACGUGAAGAUGUGACUUUUAUUCCUCCUUUUAUUCCUGUCUUCCCUAAUCUCAUCUCUAUACAUCAGAGCAGCACGUGAACUGGACAGAUUGGAUUCAUAUUGCAGAUCACAUUUUACCAGCUGUUUUGUUCACAUUUGGUUGUCUGAUGCUGUCGUCAAAACUUCCUGCUGUGAGAUUGUGGCACUUACACUCACUUUAUGCUUUGUCAUCAUUUAUGUUCUAAGAUAAUAGUCCAUAAUUUCAGGCUUGACAGAACACUAUAAUAAAUCACACUAAAUCCCCAUG